AUGUCAAGUCCAAUAUGUCCUAUGCCGCUAGCCGAGAUAUUCCGGGAUAUCUUUGGCAAAGAAAAGGAAACAAAUAAAGUCAAGAUACUAUACGAUGAUGCUUUCAAGGCUGAUAUCGGGAGAUGGAUUGCUUCAUGUGCGGUUAUUGGUCUUGCGGCGGGUAUAAUUUCAAAGAAUCCAUCUCAAGGCUUACUUGCUGCAGCGGCAUAUAAUCUCGCAGUUGGAGCCCUUCACUUCUUUACUAUCAAAAUACCAGUCAAACCCAAAAGCAUGACCGACCCAAGGCCUCCUAUGUGGUACGAUCUGCUCUUAGCUGCUUCAACAGCAAUGUGGCUAGCUGCUCUGGUUGUCAUGUUUGUCAAGCGAGGGGAUAUAAGUGCCUAUAAAGAAUCAAACCACGAGAAGCGAAGGACUGGCCUUGUUGGUGAGAUAUCUGAAGGAGCCGUAUCAAUGAUGGAUAAUCUUACGAUUGCCUGUGGUUGUUUUGGAGUUUGUGCCUUGUAA